GUUCAGUUCCAGGACUCUGUCACACACAGUACUGUGCGAUGACUUUUAUACGGCGACCCUUUAUCUUUUUUUUCUCACCUUUCGCCAUGCCCACACCACAUUCAUCUUUUUUCCACUUUCUUCAUCGCCCCCACUAUUCUUUAUCAAACCAUUUCUCUCUGUCGGUGCUGCCUUGUCUCCAUGAUUUCAUUUCUCUGAUGCCUGCAACCUGUUUGUUGAAACUCCUCUACCAACAUUUUAACUUAUAUGCUGCUUUGUGGGUCAAAUCAACCUAAAUCUUAGCUCGGUUCAUACAGUCAGACUUGAGAGCAGAAGAUGAUGGACCAGAAAACAUGGCUAUGGAGGAAAAGAUCUGCCCAGAAGUCGAUUGAUGCAAACAAUGAAGCUGAAAUCUCUGCAAAAGGAAAUGAAGAACAGAUGCUUCAAUAUGAUAAAGAAGCAGCUUUAGAGAGGACUGUGAAAAACCUCCAUGAAAAGGUAGCUUCUCUUCUAUGUGAAUGCAAUGCCAAAGAUAACCUCAUGGUUGACCAAGCAAAGACUGCACAAGACGCCAUUGCAGGCCGGGAAAAGGCUGUUGCAGAACUGGCUCUGCGAAAUCAAGAACUAGAAGCUGUGGUGCAGCAGAACAUAGAGGCUAACGAGAGAUUAGUUCACUUGAAUGCUGCAUUAAAGGAUUAUCGGCAGCAGCUGAGUUCGUUAAAAGAAGAACACGAUCAAAGGGUAAGUGAAGCAGUGGAUGAACUCGAGAGGGCAAAUAAGAGAUCCGAGGAGAAAUUCACCGAAGCAAACAAAAAGCUCGAGAAUCUGAUGAUUGAGAAUGCUCAGCUUGCUAAGUCCCUUGCGAUGAAAGAGGAACUUAUUGAAGACGUGGGUAGUCAAAUGUCUCAAGCGACGGUGGGGUUCAAUGAGCUGAUUUCAAGGUUGGAUUCCGCUGAAAAGGAAAACGGGAUCUUGAAAUACGAGUAUCGUGUUCUCGAGAGAGAGCUCGAGAUACAAAGUCGGUGUGCUGAUGUUGCAAACCGGCAGCACCAAGAAAGUGUGAAGCGGGCAGCAAAGCUAGAUGUCGAAUGUCAGAAGCUUCGGUUGUUGGUGAAAAAGCCUACUGUGCAAGUCAAGACGAAACGUGAAGUCGAAAGUGGUCAUCCCGAAGGUUUAGAUAGACGAAUGAGUUUCAUGAUCAAUCGGUUAUGUGAAGCCGAAGAAGAAAACAAGAUUCUCAAAGAACGUAUGCAUAAAAGAGAAGACGAAAUCCGACUUUUGCAAGCGGAAUUUGCUCAAAUUCGAUGUGACGAUAGCCACGGAAACGGUGCCAGUCGACGCACGAUGAUUGGCGAUUCGGAUAUGAGUCUAAUGGAUGAUUUUGUCGAGAUGGAGAGGUUAGCGAUAGUUUCUGUCGAUCCACAUUCUCCCGAUGCAAAUAAUCUUGAUUCAGUAGGCAAGGAAUUAGUUCCGGUGGUACAAGGUGAUGCUAUUAACCCAUCUAAUGAAGACUCCGGUUGGUUAACAAGCGUUCUUAACGCAAUUUCAGAGCAAACCUGUGUUUCAAAAAGAAGUUUCGAUGAACUCUUGGAGGACAUUAGAGUAGCUUUACAACACCGCUAUGAAUCAGGCUCAAACCAUGAUCCAGUUAGCGGUUACAUCACUUGGAGGACCCAAACCCCUGAUGCUGAAACAUCGAGUAAUGAGGCGAAAGUGGUACCGGAAAAAGACGUUUCGAGUCUGAAAACGGAGCUGGAAAGCUUGAAAGAGUCAAAGGCGAUGAUCGAAGACCAAUUGGAGAACCAAAAGUUGAUCAACGAAGAUCUUGAUCAUCAACUUUCGGUUGCCAAAGUUCAAAUAAACGAAGGGGGUCAAAAGAUAUCGGCUCUCAAAGUGGAGCUGGAAGAUAGAUGUCACUGCUGCGAAGAACUCGAAGCAACAUGUCUCGAGCUACAACUCCAACUAGCAAGCGGCAGGUCGGAUAAAGAUGUGGAAAAUGUAGAUGUCGAGCAAGAGGCGAAGCUGCUUCAAACCGGAUGGGAGAUAACAACAGCUUCUGCGAAACUAGCAGAGUGUCAAGAAACCAUAUUCAGCAUCGGCCGACAGUUGAAAGCACUGGCACCGCCAACAGAGGCGACAGAGUCAACCACUCGUAAGAAAUCAAGCCAGCAUUCGUGUUUACGUGACCGUAUGGUGGCGGAAGAUGGUGGUGACAUGGAGGAUCCGCUAAGCUCCCCCAAGACCAAGGAGAUUAUAAGCACCACAGAGACAAAAUCCCCACCAUCUGUUGUUCGUGUCGGCAGCUGUAAGUCACGUGUUGUACCUGGGGCUUUGGCUAUCGUACCUAGUAAGAAACGUGGUAAUGGUAUCGACCUGCUGAGGAAGCUUCUGUUUAGAAAGAAGAGAGGAAACAAGAAGAAGAUGCUUACAAUUGCUGCAUAGAAGAUAGAAUGUCAUUGAGGCUGGGUUUUGUGUAUGGUGUUUUGCUAGUCUAUUUAGUGACCUCAAUGAAGGGUGUUUUGUGAGUUUGGUUAUAUCUAAGUACUGAAUAACGAAAUUAUAUCUUACCCGGAGA